AUGGAGGCUGGCUCAGUGGUUCGAGCCAUCUUUGACUUCUGCCCUAGUGUGUCAGAAGAACUGCCACUCUUUGUGGGAGAUAUUAUUGAGGUAUUGGCAGUGGUGGAUGAAUUUUGGCUACUAGGAAAGAAAGAGGAUGUGACAGGACAGUUCCCCAGCAGUUUUGUAGAAGUUGUUACCAUUCCCAGUCUAAAAGAGGGUGAGAGACUCUAUGUCUGUAUCUGUGAAUUUACAUCCCUAGAGCUGAACAGUCUUCCUCUCCAUCGAGGUGACCUAGUGAUUCUCGAUGGCACUCUCACUGGUGGCUGGCUGCAGGGCCGAAACUGCUGGGGUGCCCGGGGCUUCUUCCCAGCCUCGUGUGUUAGGGAGCUCUGCCUCUCCUCACAGAGUCAGCAGUGGCACUCACAGAGUGCUCUUCUCCAGAUUCCCGAAUAUUCCAUGGGACAAGCCCGGGCGCUGAUGGGGCUUUCUGCCCAGCUGGAUGAGGAGCUGGACUUCAGAGAAGGGGAUGUGAUUACCAUUAUUGGAAUUCCUGAGCCAGGCUGGUUUGAAGGGGAACUAGAGGGUCGAAGAGGCAUUUUUCCAGAAGGUUUUGUAGAGCUUUUGGGGCCCCUGAGGACUGUGGAUGAAUCGGUGAGUUCUGGAAAUUGUGAUGAUGGCAUUAGUAACGGUGAGGUAGACACCAGUACAGCAGAAGAGAAAGAGGCAGAAGAGGACAGUGAGCAGCCGGGCACCUAUGGAAUUGCCCUCUACAGAUUCCAGGCCCUGGAGCCAAAUGAGCUGGAUUUUGAAGUAGGUGAUAAAAUUCGAAUCCUGGGCACCCUGGAAGAUGGCUGGCUCGAAGGGUCACUGAAGGGCAGGACAGGCAUCUUUCCUUACCGUUUUGUAAAGUUAUGUCCUCAAACAAGGGUGGAGGAAACCAUGGAUCUGCCACAGGAGAGCGACCUCACCAACAUUCCUGACACACCUUUGGACUGUUCGGAGAACUCCUUAGAAGCAGAAGGAAAAAGACAUGAAUUUCAUGAGUAUAAAGCAGAGAAGUCCAACUGUGUUAUUUCUGAAACAUCCACUUCUACCCUGGAGCACCUGACUUCUGAGUGUGAAGAAAGUAAACAGUCUCACUGGGACACGGACCCCUCAGGAGGGCCCCCGAGAAGCCCAAGUGCAGGGCAUGAGCAGCUUCUUGUCAAAUGCUCUUCCACGAAGGAUCCUUCAGAGGUUGUCAAUGGUGUUGCGUCCCAACCUCCACUACUUUUUCAUCCUGAAUUGCAGAGAAACCAGUAUUAUUCUAUGAGAGGAGGAAGCUACCCAAGCCCAGACCAGUAUUCUGACUCUCUUCCUCUAGAAGCAAGGACUCGAGACUACUCCAGCCUACCUCCCAGAAGAACUUCAUACUCCCAGCCGAAAACCCUGCAGAAGCCAGGGCCACCUCCUCACAGCACCUCUUCCCUCACUGCCUCCAGGGCAGUCAGACCCAGCCAGUUGAGCUCUCAGCUCCAGGGCCUUGCAAGAUGUGUAAAGAAGCACUGCACACCCAAAGAAAGUGCUUCCAGCUUCUGCUCCGCCCCAGACAGAUCAGAGAUGACACCUGGUCUGCAAGACAAGGCACCUGCCCUGGAAGCCAUGACACAGUCACAAGGAGAAGGCAGCACGGACCUGGAUUCAAAGUUGACACAGCAACUGAUAGAGUUUGAGAAGAGCUUGUCAGGGCCCUGCCCAGAACCAGAUAAAAUUUUGCGCCACUUUUCAAUCAUGGACUUUAACUCCGAAAAGGAUAUUUUCCGAGGUUCCUCGAAGCUAAUGACUCAGCAGGAGUUGCCUGAAAGAAGAAAAGCUCUAAGGCCCCCACCGCCCCGUCCCUGUACUCCAGCAUCCACUCCUCCACAUGUGCUGGGAGACCAGAACCUGAGACUGGAUCCACCCUUGGCAAUGAGACCCUCUCGCCCAGCUCCCCUGCCUCCCUCGGCCCAGCAGAGAACAAAUGCAGUACCCCCCAAGCUCUUAAUCUGUAACCGUCCUGGCUGGGAGAGCCUAGAAAAGGAGGGCCCUGAGAACAUGGACAAGACUUUGGACCAAACUUCCCAGUGUCCCUUGGUCUUGGUGAGGAUUCAGGAGAUGGAACAAGACUUGGAUAUGUGCCGCAGGGCUCAGGAAGACCUCAACUUACUGCUGGAGGAGAAGCAAGAGGAAUCACUGAGGGCAGAGACCCUUCAGAAUCUUGAGUUCUAUGAGAGUAACAUUGAGAGUUUGAACAUGGAACUCCAACAACUUAGAGAAAUGACGCUUCUCUCCUCCCAGUCUUCAUCACUGAUGGCCCCUUCUGGUUCUGUGUCCACUGAAAACCCAGAGCAAAGGAUGCUAGAGAAGAGAGCCAAGGUGAUAGAGGAACUUCUUCAGACGGAAAGAGACUACAUCCGGGAUCUGGAGAUGUGUAUUGAGCGGAUCAUGGUACCCCUGCAACAGGCACAGAUACCAAACAUUGAUUUUGAGGGGCUUUUUGGAAAUAUGAAGAUGGUGAUUAAGGUCUCAAGACAUUUACUGACUGAUCUGGAAAUCAGCGAUACCAUAGGACCUGUGUUUCUUGAUCACCGAGAUGAGCUUGAAGGAACAUACAAGGUUUACUGCCAGAAUCAUGAUGAGGCCAUCUCAUUGCUGGAAAUCUAUGAGAAGGAUGAGAAGAUCCAGAAGCAUCUUCAGGACUCCUUGGCAGAUCUUAAGAGCCUGUACAAUGAAUGGGGAUGCACAAAUUAUAUUAACCUGGGCUCCUUCCUCAUCAAACCAGUGCAGAGAGUAAUGCGUUACCCAUUGCUGCUGAUGGAGUUAUUGAAUUCCACCCCUGAAUCCCACCCAGAUAAAGUGCCUUUAACCAAUGCAGUCCUUGCAGUCAAGGAAAUCAACGUUAACAUUAAUGAGUAUAAACGUCGAAAGGACCUGGUUCUCAAGUACCGAAAAGGUGAUGAAGAUAGCCUCAUGGAGAAAAUUUCCAAAUUGAACAUCCACUCCAUCAUCAAGAAAUCCAACCGGGUUAGCAGUCACCUGAAGCAUCUCACUGGCUUUGCUCCACAGAUUAAAGAUGAAGUAUUUGAAGAAACAGAGAAAAACUUCCGAAUGCAAGAAAGAUUGAUCAAGUCUUUUAUCCGAGACCUGUCUCUCUACCUCCAGCACAUCCGGGAAUCAGCAUGUGUGAAGGUGGUAGCUGCCGUGAGCAUGUGGGACGUGUGCGUGGAGAAGGGACACAGAGACUUGGAACAGUUCGAGAAGGUGCAUCGCUACAUCAGUGACCAGCUCUUCACAAACUUUAAAGAGAGGACAGAGCGGCUGGUCAUCUCUCCGCUGAAUCAGUUACUGAGCAUGUUCACAGGACCCCACAAGCUGGUACAGAAACGCUUUGACAAGCUUCUGGACUUCUAUAACUGUACAGAACGGGCGGAGAAGCUGAAGGACAAGAAAACCCUGGAGGAGCUGCAGUCAGCGCGGAACAACUAUGAGGCUCUGAAUGCCCAGCUGCUAGAUGAGCUGCCCAAGUUCCACCAGUACGCACAGGGCCUCUUCAGCAACUGCGUGCACGGCUAUGCAGAGGCCCACUGUGACUUCGUGCGUCAGGCCCUGGAGCAACUGAAGCCGCUGCUCUCGCUACUCAAAGUCACUGGUAGGGAGGGGAACCUGAUUGCCGUCUUCCAUGAGGAGCACAGCAGGGUCCUGCAGCAGCUCCAGGUUUUCACCUUCUUCCCAGAGUCUCUUCCCACCACCAAGAGACCAUUUGAGAGGAAAACCAUGGACCGCCAGUCCACCCGAAAGCCACUCCUCGGCAUGCCAAGUUAUAUGCUCCAGUCGGAAGAACUUCGGGCCUCACUCCUGGCAAGGUAUCCCCCUGAAAAGCUCUUCCAGGCAGAACGGAACUUCAAUGCAGCCCAGGACCUGGAUGUCUCACUUUUGGAAGGUGACCUGGUGGGUGUGAUCAAGAAGAAGGACCCCAUGGGCAGUCAGAACCGCUGGCUGAUUGACAACGGAGUCACCAAGGGCUUUGUGUACAGCUCCUUCCUGAAGCCCUACAACGCGCGCCGCAGCCACUCCGACGCCUCGGUGGGCAGCCAGUCCCCCUCCGAGUCCGAGCACGGCGGCUCCUCCCCCAGGUUCCCGCGGCGGCAUAACAGCAGCGGCACCUUGACCUUCAACCCCAGCAGCAUGGCUGUGUCCUUUAGCUCAGGGCCUUGCCAGAAACAGCCUCCAGAUGCAUCUUCCCAGACAGAAUUUGACCAAGGAACUCUCAGCGCAUCCUUAAACUCAGAGGGCAGUCCUUCCAAAUGCCCCUCGGACCCAGACUCCCCCUCCCAUCACAGGCCCUGGGACUCGGGCGAUGCGGUCAGAGACCUUCACCAGCCUGCCCCUACCCUGAGGAACUCCCGAAGCCCCAGGCAUCCAGAAAUGGCUGGUUCCUCUGUGCCAGGGCGUAACGGGCAGGGUCGAGACCUUGUAAAAGCCGGUGCAAGAACAGCGCUGUCUCUGGAAGACAGACAAGAUCAGCCAGCGAGCAGCGAGGCGGAAGGCAACCAGGUCUAUUUUGCUGUUUAUACCUUCAAGGCACGGAACCCAAAUGAACUGAGUGUGUCAGCCAAUCAGAGACUCAAGAUCCUAGAGUUUAAAGAUGUUACAGGAAAUACAGAAUGGUGGUUAGCUGAAGUCAAUGGGAAAAAGGGUUACGUUCCAUCCAAUUAUAUCCGCAAAGCUGAGUACACCUGA